UGACAUUUUUCAUAAAAAACGCACCGUAGUGGUGGCAAAUUUCCUAAAUUCGGAAUUUUUUUUAUAAAUUUGCAGAGAAUUUAUUUCAUUUCGAUAAAAAUGGUUUCAUUAAUUAAUACAAUUGAAACUUGCCAUGAUGAUAUGAUUCAUGGCGCCGAACUUGAUUAUUAUGGCCUUUAUUUGGCUACGUGUUCAUCAGAUAAUUCAGUUAAAAUCUUUGAUGUAAAAAAUGAAGAACAUGUCCUCGUAGCUGAGCUAGUUGGACAUCGUGGACCUGUUUGGGAGGUUUCCUGGGCUCAUCCUAAAUUUGGAAAUGUUUUAGCAUCAUGUUCAUAUGAUCGCAAAGUAAUAUUUUGGAAGAAAACCGGCCCAACAUGGCAUAAAUCAUAUGAGUAUAACAGCGAAUCUUCAGUAAACUCCAUUGCGUGGGCACCACAUGAAUUCGGUAUGAUUUUAGCUUGUGCCAGUUCAGAUGGCUCAAUCUCAUUUCUGACUUUUAACACCGAACACAAUACCUGGGACUCGGAGAAGAUUCCCAAUGCCCAUGCAAUUGGCUGCAACAGUAUAUCAUGGUUCCCUUCUACUACCUUCCCUACAAUGGGUAAUCUUCAAAAGCAACCCGUAAAGCGCCUUGCCAGUGGAGGUUGUGACAAUUAUGUUAAACUUUGGAUUGAAAAGAAUGGACGAUGGUUCGAAGAGACACGUCUAGAAGCGCAUUCCGAUUGGGUGAGACAUGUUGAAUGGGCACCUACUUAUGGAGGAUGUAAAACGCAGAUAGCUUCUGCUUCUCAAGAUCGUCAUGUUAUUAUUUGGACUAGUGACAAUAUGACUACAUGGACAUCAAGAACUUUGAAUGUUUUUGAUGAUGUAGUUUGGAGUGUCAGUUGGUCGUUGACUGGCAAAAUGUUGGCUGUCACAGGUGCUGAUAGCAAAAUAUCUAUAUGGAAGGAAAACAAAGAUCACCACUGGACUUCGGUAACUGAUUAAAAUUUGUGUAAGAAUUCGUUAAAUUCAAAUUGAUUUAAAAUUGAUUGAAGUACAUUUUGUUAAAUAAAGAUCAUACUUUCCAUAAAAUA